ACGUAUAACUCACAAAUUAAAUGUUUCCGGACACAUAUUGAUAUGGGUAAUUCUUGUUUUGGUACGUGCAACUCGUGCGAAAAGUUCAUUCGCCCCUUUCAUUUUACACUCUGUAUAAGCUGCGGCAGUAAUUAUUGUUCGUGAAUAUGGAAGUAUCCGUCAACAGGGAAGACAAAGUUGUUGCUUUGGUGUAAACAGGCAAGUGUCAUGGUACUAGGAUAGCGGAAUGCUGUAAGGUUCGCGACGUCAACUUGGUCGAAACCCACUUUUACACCUCUCGAAAUGGGAGCAGCAGUGAUAUUAACGGUGACAGUGAUAAUGGUACGUAGAUUUCUGUGUUUAGUAACGCGUAAACUGAGAGUGCUUGCUGCGUACAGAUCUGGACAUGAAAAGAAAAUUCUAUCACCAAUCCAACUGGAAAUAGGAAUGCCGGGCCUGUUUAACAUGAUGUGAGAACUGCAGGUCAGUGGAAGUUUCUCAGGGUGAAGCACAGCAGGAUGGGUGAUUGUUGGCAUGAGAACGCAAAUCUUUCUCUUAUCUCCACCGAUAAAACAGCGUCCCGGGGCGACAGUCUGUCAUAUUUUUUCUCCGCAGCGGCUCCUCUACUACGGACAGGACUCAAGCUCGACUCCCGAACGAUGCUGCUGAUUCUGUUGAUGAUGCUGGGGCCACUGACAGCCGCCAACUCGACCAAACCUCUGCCCGUUAUGAAGCAUCAGAUGUGUUCCGACCUGUGUACCUCGGGGCUGGGGGGCGCCCCUUGCGGGGAGCUAUGCAGUGAGGAUUUGGGAUUCGACCUGCAGUCUCGCGUGAGGCAGUACACCGUCACCGUUCCCCGGAAGAAGGAAAUCUACGGUCCACGCCGUACCGUGUGUCCGCUGCUGUGUCGCAGCAACCUCGGCGAGCCCCUCUGCGGCUGUCACGUCGAAAGUGCCUUGGUGAUGAAGCCUGUGAACUGGACCGCCAUCUGUGAUUCCUUCUGCCUCCUAGAGGGGUACACACUGUACGGAUGUCCGCGCUGUAGCGUUCUCAAGCCUCACAAGGCGAGGUUGUCCAUGGCUUCCGACGCCACCAGAGGAAAUUCUCAGGACGUCGACUGGGCUGAUCUUUGCGCCUACCUCUGCAGCAUUGGCGAGGGCGGGGCCGCCUGCAACUGUGACGCCGUGCCAUAGGUCACUUCUCACGUCAAGUGUGUCGCCACACACCAGCUCCACUGGACACGUGCUUGAAAUUAAUAGAGAACAUGGUUAAUCUGUCCUUCAUCUAUAAAGAGGAAGUAAAAUUCCAUUCAUUAUUAAUUAACUUCGACGUUAUCUGGAGGUGAGGGAUUUGCUUCGCGCUCAGCCCGCUUUAUCCUACCGGAAAGAGCCUCCGAUAAUCUUUAAGUUUUUAGAAAAGUUACCAUAAAAGCGGUUUUUAGAAGAACAUAGAAAUCAGAUCAAUUUGACCAUGAAAUUGCGGUUAUUGCCCCUUCUGGGGUUUUCUGGGGCCAAAUUAGAUCUAGUUUUGUCCUGGGGUCCAUACUGAGGAAAAAUCGGGACUUGGAAUUACAGAUCAUCAGCUGGGAACCCGGCGAAGUAUGUAGAAUCGCAGUGGAUAUCCAGUUUCAUAUAACAGCUCCAGCGGUACAGUGCGCUCUAGAGAGGAACAAGUCAUUAUACCUUACCGCAAAUGUGCCUACAGAUUUGCUCUGUCUAUAUCGGAAAUGUUCUGGUCUAGAAAACCGAAAUUAACGGCCGUAGGAAUUCGUUGGGCAGACCACGCGACACCCUCU